AAGAAGAUUCCAAGAAAAUCAUUAAAAAAAGAAGUGCAUUCAUUACAUGUGUGUAUAUUUUUCAUAUCCCAUUUAUCUAAUUGCUUCUUAUCGCCUACACUUUCAACAUUAAACAUUUAAUAUCAUUUUAAAGAUACAGUGUUUAAUAAAUGAAAGCUGAACUAAAAAAAAACAAAAAAAACUCGAGUGCAAUCUUUGCACAAACUAGCACACGCCGUCGUCAUAUAUAUAUAUAUAUACAAAAUAUACUUCAAUAUAUAUACAAUAGACACACAUUAACACAAACCUAUCCAUUAAAAUAACACAACGUAAAAUUGCAUUUUACCCGCAGUAGUAGUAAUGUUAGUGUCAAAACAAAACCACGUAUCAUUUGUGAUGCCGGCUAAAUAACUUUUUUUUUUGUUGAUUUUUUUCUAACGCAAUCUCAAUAUUUUAACGACAUCGUGUUUUUUGUUUUUGUUUUUUGCUUUAUGUGUUUAAUAAAUUAACGGUUUAAUAUUAAUACGCAUAAAAUAAGAAAAGAAAAGAGGAAAAAAAGAGAACAAAUUUGGUUUUGUUAUUAUUUCGUUGUUCUUCAAUUGGCAAAUCCUGCAAAAUCAUUAUGAACAAUAUGGGAAUUAUGACUCACGGUACUGCCAGAGCAGCAGCAACAACUCAUAUGACCUUUAAAGCAGUCUCUGCAGUUGGGCAAAACGAUAAUAACAUAAGCCGGUCAUCUUUGGUCAUCAGCAAUUACAACAGCUACAACAAUACUGAUAACAAAAUAUACGGAUACAUUGAUGAUCGUAGCGAUUUGACAGAACCAUUAUAUGUGGAAACGAAUUUAGGAAAUAAUGAAGUUUUCUGCUGUCCAGCCUCACCGACUACGGUACCGGCUAGAACUCCACAAACAUUAGAAUCACCUGCUCCGCGAACAGGGCCACCGCGUCGACGACAACGUACCACUUCGGUAAAUAAUCAAACGACUACAGCGAAUCCCUCAGAAUGCGUGAUACGUUCAAAUAAUCGCACUAUUUAUACAGCCGGUCGACCACCCUGGUAUAAUUGUGCCGGUCAACAGGUGGAACCUUUUGUUAUAGGCAUUUGUGGUGGAAGUGCCUCCGGUAAAACGACUGUAGCUCAAAAAAUUAUCGAAUCACUAGAUGUUCCGUGGGUUACCUUGCUAUCCAUGGAUUGUUUUUACAAAGUACUUAAUGAAAAGCAGCAUGAACAGUCACUUAUAAAUGAAUACAAUUUCGAUCAUCCGGACGCUUUUGAUAUGGAUCUCUUGCUAGAGGUUUUGUUAAAAUUGAAAGAAGGUCGCAAAGUUGAAGUGCCCGUGUACAACUUUAUUACGCAUUCACGGGAAACUAAUACGAAAACUAUGUACGGUGCCAAUGUUAUUAUUUUUGAAGGCAUUUUAGUCUUUCACAGCCCAGAAAUUCUCAAACUCUUAGAUAUGAAAAUAUUUGUAGAUACUGAUCCUGAUAUUCGCUUGGCCAGACGUUUGAAAAGUGAAUCAUUGCAUUUAUUACCCGCAACACCUCAAAUCAAGGGUCUACAUACCUUUAUACGUUGCAAGAAUACUUCGCGCGACGAAUUCAUAUUCUAUUCGAAAAGACUAAUACGUUUGGUUAUUGAAUACGCUCUCAGUUUGUUUCCCUUUAAGGCUACUACAGUGGAAACGCCUCAAGGUGUUUUAUAUGAAGGUAAACGUAUGGCUACAAGUAAAAUUUGUGGAGUCUCUAUUUUGAGAGCUGGUGAAACUAUGGAGCAAGCUAUUUGUGAUGUCUGCAAAGAUAUACGCAUUGGGAAAAUAUUAAUACAGACAAAUAAAGAAACCGAAGAACCAGAAUUGUAUUAUCUACGAUUGCCAAAGGAUAUACGAGAAUAUAAAGUCAUAUUAAUGGAUGCUACAGUGGCCACAGGAGCAGCUGCCAUGAUGGCGAUCCGUGUUUUGCUCGAUCAUGAUGUUAAAGAGGAAAAUAUAAUUUUGGCUUCAUUGCUAAUGGCUGAAAUUGGUGUUCACAGCAUAGCAUAUGCUUUUCCUAAGGUGAAAAUCGUUACAUCUGCCAUAGAUCCAGAAAUAAACGAUAGAUUUUACGUGAUACCAGGCAUAGGUAAUUUUGGUGAUCGUUAUUUUGGCACAGAGCCCUCAGAUAUCUUCAACUAGAUUCUUCAUCGCUUUUAUGUGAUUCCCGACAACUUACUAUUCUAUGUAAAGUUCUUUGCUAUAUUAACGGCAUGUUUCUUAGAAAAAGAAAAAAAAAGAAAAAA